AUGGCCGACUAUGCUUUCCCAGUUGUUUCCCAAUAUGGGCUGGCAUAUCUUCUUCACCGCACUGACCACAUCAGGGAAGUGCGCGAGGUUCUCAAAUUUCUAGCAACUGUCGUCGCUCACAUUGUUCAGGUUAAUCCUCCUUUGGGUCACUCUACAUUCUUCUUCGAAGACCAAUUGAGUCGCUACGACCCUCAGACUUCCAUCGCCAUUAACCUGGCGUUCUUCGGCAGCACUUACUCGUUAACUUUCGAGAUGGCCGUCCGUGAUUCAAUAGGGCUUGUUCGAGGAUUAGACUUCAGCCUUCUGUCAAAGGAGCAUGACCACCCUGCCCUUAUUCAACUGAAGCUUUGGUUGCUUCGCUGCGCGUUGCAUACAAGCCUCUCGGAUGCUUUAAGCGUCAAGCUGGCUGUGUUGGUAGGGCCUCAACCAAUCCUCGCGAAUCUGCCACCACCGAGCGUUAUACCACAUGAGAUUUCUGGUAACGAUAACCCAGAGAUGGCUCGUGCCAUGUUUGCGCUUGCCAACAAGGCUAGGGAUAGUCGCGAGUCUAUCCAGGAUGAUGAUGCGUUUCACAUCUUGCGCGAGUUCAUGCGCCUAGCUUUGAACUGUGCCGAGGUAUGGAAUAAGUACGGUCCAAAGGAGUGGAAUUUCGCAGCAGAGGGCAUGCCUGAGCUGAGCGAGCCGGCCCGCUACGCGGGACUAAAAGCUGUGAGUGAUUGCUGGCGUCGAAUGAUCGAGAACCCAUUCUCGAACGCGCCAUUGCACAUUCGUUGGAUCCUUGCGAAGUGUGACAUGAUUGCCGCCGCCAAUUAUUUCCUUGUGGACGUACAGCAAUCACUAAAUCGCCCAUUUCCCAGCCUCAUGAACAUUCAGAGAUUGGCACAGCACUUCGUGCAGCAGGUUCAAUGGGCUGCUGAAGAUAUUCAGUACGAUCGCUUUUACGCUUACAGGGCGACACGACUUGGUAACCCCUUCCUAGGUCCAGUGCUUCCCCCUGGGGCGUUCGCGCCCCCUUUAAUGGACCUACACACCCAUCACUCUCUGGACCUGGUCCGGGGUAUCCCUCAACCAAACGCGAUGGACCUUCCCGAUGAACGUGACAUCGAACUGCCACAUCUGGCAGCCCAGCAGAAUCCAUUUGACACGCUUAUAGAUCAGGUUUUCGGUCCCGACCCCGAAGAAAACGUUGGCCCCGAUUUGUGCGAGUUCGAACACUAUGCUCAGCAACCUUUAUUAUAUGAGCAUGCCCCUGCAUACGCGGGCGAAUUACACCUCGCUGUUACACCUGAAAUUGUAGCUGUGGGCCCCCUCAUCGAGGCUCACCAGCUCUCUGAUCAGAUCGAGACGUCCGACCUCCAAGCAGAGGACGAAUGCCUCAUCUGCCAGGUGCUCUUCCGGGGCAACGUUACGCCAACCAACCCUGGCGUUCGCUUGCGUGCUUGUGGUCAUAUGCUCCAUCUGGAGGAUCUAAAGCAACUUGUUAACGGCGCGUACUGGCAGCAGCCUUACGUUCGCUGCCCAGCUUGCCGAGCUCAUAUCUGUGCAUCACGUGAGACACGACAGGCGGUUGCCGGGUAA